AGCACAAUAUGACUGAAGCGCCUGCACCGUUAUUCCACGGGACGGUGCGUAGGCUGAGCCCCCUGCUCUCACUCAGGACCGCUCGCUUGCGCCCUAACUUUGGAUAAACUUUUCUUCACGCAUAUCCAGGAACUUCUGUUUUGUUUUGUCUUUCAAGGAUUGUCAGGUUCCGUUUUUAAAAUGUUAUUUGAGGAGUUGAAAUGAAACGUUCCUGAUCUGUAGAAUCAUUCUCUCCAUUCAGAGGAUUUUUUUUUUCUUUUGCAUUAAGACGCAGCGCUGCGCGGAUAAAAUAACACUUCUGGAGUACUUUGGGACACUGAAUAAGUGUGGAAAGAGUAUUUGCAUGGUUUCCCAUUGAGGUUUCUCUGGACCUUUGCUGGAAUACAAUGCUUUAGUGACUCGUUCAACCGCAAUAAAGUUGAUGCAUCAUAGGCAUGGACUCUGUCUGAGAAAGGUGGACAGGCUAACUGACCAUGGCGCUCACAGGUAGGGGCUUAGGCCGGCUUCAUUUGAUUUUACUGAUGUUAUGGACUCUCUCGCAGUACUCAGCAUCCAGCCAAGUCCGUCAAGAGUUUCAGGUCCUGGAGGAGCAGCCCAUCGGCACCUAUGUGGGAACGAUAGAGACCAAGCCCAGCUUCACGUACCGCUUCAGCGAGAACCACAAACUUUUUGCAAUUAACGGCACCACUGGAGUCAUUUACACCUCUUCGGUGAUUGACAGAGAGGUUUUGCAAAGUGAUGUCAUCAACGUCGUGGUGCUGUCCAGCCAACCCACCUACCCCACUGAGGUCAGGAUAGUAGUUUUGGAUAUAAAUGAUAACUCUCCGGUGUUUCCAGACGCGUCCAUUGUCGUGUCUUUUAAAGAGGACGCCAGCAGCGGCAGGCAGGUGAUCCUGGACACUGCUACAGAUUCAGACAUUGGAAGUAACGGAGUUGAUCACACCACGUACAGAAUAGUGAAAGGCAACGAGCAGAGGAAAUUCCGCUUGGAUAUUACAGUCAAUCCUAGUGGAGAGGGGGCAUUCUUGCACCUUGUUUCAACUGGAGGCUUGGACAGGGAAGUUACUCCCUUCUACCAACUCCUGAUUGAAGUAGAGGACAAAGGAGACCCGAAAAAGUUUGGCUACCUACAAGUAAACGUCACUAUUCAAGAUAUAAAUGACAAUCCCCCUAUUUUUGAGCAAGAUCAAUAUCAAACCAGUGUUUUUGAGGAUGCAGCAGUAGGUUCUAGUAUUCUGCAGAUUACAGCAUCAGAUCAGGAUGAGGGAGCCAAUGCGGAAAUCAGGUACUUUUUAGAUGAAGGGACACCUUUCCAAAUUGACCCUAAAGCAGGUACUAUUAUUAUAAAAGAGGGCUUAGAUUAUGAGAGUAAGAAAGAGUACUCCCUGACUAUCCAUGCAGUAGACAACGGGGUGCCCUCUCUAUCAGGCAGAACAGAAGCCACAAUUAAACUUUUAGAUGUAAAUGAUAAUGACCCCGUAGUGAAAUUUAGGUAUUUUCCCACAACUUCUAAAUUUGCUUCUGUUGAUGAAAAUGCACAGAUUGGCACAGUUGUGGCUUUACUCACUGUUUCAGAUUCAGACUCCCCCACAGCUAAUGGUAACAUAUCAGUUUCAAUCUUAGGAGGCAAUGAGCAGAGACACUUUGAAGUGCACACGUCUCCUGUGCCCAAUUUAAGUCUGAUCAAAGUGGCCAGUGUGUUAGACAGAGAGAGAAUUUCCUCAUACAACCUGACUGUGUCUGUGUCAGACAAUGGCAAGCCUAUUGCGAGGUCCUCUUUUGCUAGUCUGGUUAUUUUUGUGAAUGAUAUCAAUGAUCACCCACCCAUAUUCCAGGAAACACUGUACAGAGUAGAUAUCAGUGAAGACAUACCAAAAGGCAGCUACAUUAAAGGGGUUUCUGCAACAGAUGGUGACUCUGGGCAGAAUGCCAACCUGCGCUACUCCCUGGUGUCUGGAAACGCUUUGGGCUGGUUCUCCAUCAGUGAAAACAGUGGUUUGGUUACCAGCGCCGCUUUGCUGGAUAGGGAAAUAGCAUCUGAAAUUGUGCUCAACAUUAGUGCCAAAGACCAGGGGCUGCAGCCCAAGAUUUCUUACACUAAACUUAUAGUCAACAUCACUGAUGUCAAUGACCAAGUGCCCACAUUUACACAAAGCACAUUUCAUGUUUCCCUGGUGGAGCACGCCCCUGCAGGCACUGAGCUGGUGGUGCUGUCUGCCUCAGAUGACGACCUCGGGGCCAAUGGAACUAUCCGGUUCUCAUUUGAUGCAGAUACUCCAGCCACAGUCCAGGAGCUGUUUCGCCUGGAUGCCGUGUCAGGGCGAUUAAGCACAGCCGUGGAGCUAGACAGGGAGGAUCAGGCCUCAUACUUACUCCACAUCCAGGCAGCAGACGCAGGCAGCCCUCCUUUGCACUCUGUAGGAAAAGUCAACGUCACCCUGAGGGAUAUCAAUGACAAUAGGCCAGUUUUCUAUCCUGUGCAGUAUUUUGCUAAUGUGAAAGAAAACGAGCCUUCAAAUUCUUAUGUAACCACGGUUUCAGCCACAGACCCCGAUUUAGGUAAAAAUGGCACAGUCAAAUAUAUAAUUACAGCUGGAGACGCUUCCAAAUUCCGCAUUAAUAGCAACACAGGGAAAAUCACCACGCUUGAGUCCCUGGAUAGAGAGGAGAAAACUGCUUACCAGCUGCAGGUGACAGCUGCAGAUGGAAGUGGCCUGCGCUCUCACAUCCAGGCCAUAGUCACUGUAACUGUCAUAGACACACAGGAUAACCCACCAGUCUUUAGUCAGAAAGUGUACAGUUUUGUCAUGUUUGAAAAUGUGGGCAUUGGGACAGUUAUAGGUACAGUGUCAGCCACCACUGUAGAUUUGAACACAAACAUUUCCUAUCUAAUCACCUCAGGUGACCAGAGGGGGCUUUUUGCUGUAAACAGCGCAGGUCAAAUCACAGCAUUGAGCCAGAUAGACAGAGAGGAGCAGGGUUUCUAUCAGCUGAAAGUUGUAGCCAGAGCUGGGGAGAUCACAGGAGAGGCAUUUGUUAACAUCACUGUAAAAGACUUAAAUGAUAAUGCCCCUCAUUUUAUUCACGCUGUGGAGCAUGUGAGUGCAGUGGAAAACUGGAGCACAGGCCAUGUCAUAUUCCAGGCCAAAGCUUCAGAUCCCGAUGAAGGGACAAAUGGUAUGGUGGUUUACAGCCUCAAACAAAACCCCAAAGGCCUGUUUCAUAUUCAUGAAAAGCAUGGCCUCAUCACACUGACCGGGCCGCUCGAGAUCACCACAAGCUCUUACGAGGUUGAGGUCAUUGCAUCAGAUAUGGGGGUCCCCCAGCACACCUCCAGCCUAAUCCUCAUCGUCAGUGUGUAUGACGUCAAUGAUAACUCGCCAGUGUUUGACCAGCUUUCUUAUGAGGUCAUUAUCCUGGAGUCUGAGCAUGUCAACAGCCGCUUUUUCAAAGUUGAGGCCACUGACAAAGACUCUGGUCUUAAUGGGGAGAUUAUGUAUGACAUCGUUGAUGGGAACACAGGUGAUGUGUUUGGCAUUUUUCCAGAUGGGCAGUUGUACAUCAAAGCAGAGCUGGACCGAGAGAUACAGGAGAGAUAUAACUUAGUUGUUGUGGCCAAAGACCGGGCUGUGGAACCACUAAGUGCCACUGUCAAUGUCAGUGUCAUUCUAGAUGACGUAAACGAUAACCGUCCUCUCUUUAACAGCACCAAUUAUGUGUUUCAUUUUGAGGAAGAGCAGAAAAGGGGGUCACUGGUUGGGCGUGUUUUUGCAGAGGAUAAGGACUUUGGCCCAAACAGUGAGGUCAGAUAUACAUUUGAGACACAGCAGCCCAACUUUGAGCUGAACGCCAUCACCGGGGAGUUGACCAGCACGCUGCAGUUUGAUCGCGAGUCGCUCAUGAGACAAAGAGGCGCCGCCAUGUUCAGCUUUGUGAUCGUCUCGUCUGACCAGGGUCUCCCCAAGCCCCUCAGAGACCAGGCCAAAGUGCAAGUUUACAUUCAAGACAUCAACGACAACACUCCUAAAUUCACCAAAGACAUUUACCAGGCCUCCAUAUCAGAGUCAGCUCAAAACAUGACACAACUGCUGCGGGUCUCCGCCUCUGAUGUGGAUGAGAACAAAAAUGGACUGGUUCACUAUCACAUCCCUGAAGGCAACGAGGAAAGACAGUUUACUAUUGAUAGCAGCUCUGGACAGGUUACUUUAGUAGGAAAGCUGGACUAUGAAUCCACAUCCUCCUAUUCAUUGAAAAUCAUAGCUGUUGAUGCUGGAGAUGUGCCCUUGUCCUCCUCCUGUAUGCUUAGUAUUAGCAUCCUGGAUGAGAAUGACAACUCCCCCUCCUUUCCUAAACCCUCACUGUCUGUGGACGUCCUGGAGAACAUGAGGAUAGGGGAGCUGGUGGCUUCUGUGACCGCCACCGAUGCAGAUUCUGGUCAGAAUGCAGAAAUAACGUAUAGUAUCACAGCCACAAACAACCACGGCACUUUCAGCAUCAGCCCCAACACCGGCAGCAUCUUUCUGGUUAAAAAGCUGGACUAUGAAACUCAGUCAUUUUACAAACUCAACAUCACUGCAAAGGACAAUGGCAGACCACCCCGCUCUUCAUCCAUUCCUGUGGUCAUUCAUGUCAGGGACUUUAACGACAACCCUCCCAUAUUCACCCCUGGCGACAUUUUCAAAUCUAUCCCUGAAAAUCUUCCAAUCUCAACUUCAGUCAUGACAAUUACAGCUCAUGACACAGAUGCAGACAUAAACGGGCAGCUGGAGUACUCCAUUGUUCAACAGAUUCCCCGGGGUAGCCACUUCAGCAUUGAUCCAAGCACUGGGCUCAUCUACACCAAUAAGGAAGUUGAUAGGGAAUUUUCAAAUCUGUUCGAGCUGACAAUCAAAGCCACUGACCAGGCUGUUCCAGUUGAAUUCCGCCGUUUUGCCCUGAAAAAUGUCACAAUAUGGGUCACAGACCAGAAUGACAAUGUUCCCACUUUUGUGUCCCAGAACGCCCUAGUGGCUGAGCCCAACAUAGUCAUCGGCUCCAUCCUGACAACAGUGGUGGCCUUUGACCCCGAUGACGGGGCAAAUGGGGAAGUGGAGUACGAGCUCAUAGAAGGGGAUACUAACACUUUCAUCAUGGACAGGUACAGCGGAGAUCGUCUGGCCUCUCAGCUGGUACAGUCUCGACUCAUGUACACCCUCACAGUGUCAGCCACUGACCACGGCACUGACCGCAAGACCUCCAGAACUGAGCUGACCAUCAUCCUCCAAGGGAUGGAUGGGCCUGUUUUCUCCCAGCCAAAAUACAUCACUAUCCUCAAAGAGGGGCAGCCGCCGGGCACCAACGUCAUCUCCCUGGAUGCCUCAAGCCCGCGGGGCUCAGCAACUAAAGUGGAGUAUUUCAUUGUGGCGGUUCGCAGUGGUGGAAAAGCAGUGGGACGCCUUUUCACCAUUGGCCGCCACACUGGAGUGAUACAGACUGCUGCAGAGCUGGACAGAGAACAAGGCUCCGACCUCUACCUGGUGGAUGUGUAUGCCAUCGAGACAGAUGCCAGCCAGCCCAGAACACAGCGUGCUGAGGUGGAGAUCACACUGCAGGACGUCAAUGACAACCCGCCUGUUUUCCCUAAUGAUAUUCUUGAUGUGACCAUUGAGGAGAACGUUGGAGAUGGCUUCAAGAUAAUGCAGUUAACAGCCACGGAUGCAGACGAGGGUCCUAAUGCUCUUGUGACAUACACCAUCAUCAGUGGGGCAGAUGACAGCUUUCGAAUUGACCCUGAAUCCGGUGAUCUGAUCGCCACCAAGAAGCUGGAUCGGGAGCGGCGUUCAAAAUAUUCCCUUCUGGUACGUGCAGACGAUGGAAAACAGUCGUCUGACAUGAGGCUGAACAUCACCGUCAAGGACGUCAACGACCACACGCCUAAGUUCUCCCGUGCAACAUAUUCGUUUGAUAUCCCAGAAGACAUGGCACCAGGCUCCAUCGUGGCGGCGAUCCUGGCCAGCGACUCUGACUCAGGGGUGAACGGAGAGGUCACCUACUUGCUGGAGGAGGAUGAUGAGGAUGAAACGUUCCUUCUGAACCCCGUGACGGGAGUUUUCAACGUGACACGUCCACUGGACUACGAGACUCAGCGGUACUAUAUUCUGACAGCGAAGGCCCUGGACGGUGGGGGGCAGGCCAGCACAGUCAGAGUGUAUUUCAACAUCCUAGAUGUGAAUGACAACCCCCCCAUCUUUAACACCACCGUGUAUAGCACUUCUGUCUCAGAGAGUCUGCCGCCUGGAUCCAGUAUUGUCACUGUUGAGGCCGGGGAUGCUGAUGAUGGCCCAAAUGCCCAGCUUCUCUACAGAAUUGCGUCUGGUGAUCCCCAGGGACACUUUGUCAUCACCAAGGAAGGAGUCCUCCAAACCAAGAAGGCCUUGGACAGAGAAACCCAAUCCUUCUACAACCUGGUGAUCACAGUCAAUGACCUGGCUCCGCCUCCCAUGACCCGCUUUACCAGCACUUCCCAGGUGUCGGUCAUUCUUCUGGAUGUCAACGACUGCCCGCCAACCUUCACCUCUCAGAGGAUGACCUACAUUCAGGAGAACACGCCAGUGGACACGGUUGUGUUCACUGCCCAGGCCACCGACGCUGACAGUGGACCCAACAGCUAUGUCGAGUACUCCCUCAAAGGACCUUUCACUAACAAGUUCAGCAUUGGUACAGUCGAUGGAGGUGUCAGGUUGGUUGGGGAACUUGACCGCGAAGAGCUUUCUAACUAUACCCUCACAGUCGUAGCUACAGAUAAAGGCGAACCCCCCCUGUCUUCAACAAUGGAUGUGACUAUGAUGGUUCUGGACGUCAAUGACAAUACGCCAAGCUUCUCACAGAAUAUCUAUGACAUUGAGAUUGAGGAGAACAUCUUUACUGGGACUGAUGUCAUCCAGGUGUUUGCCAGUGAUGCAGAUGAGGGCACCAACGGGCAGAUCCGAUUUUCUAUCUCAGGAGGCAACAGCAACUCUGAUUUCAGGAUUGAUUCGGUUACAGGCGUGAUUUCAGUGGCCAAGCAGCUGGACCGCGAGGUGCGUUCAUCCUAUUCACUAGUGGUCCAAGCUGCCGACCGAGGCAGCAGCCCCAGGGUGGACCGCGCAACCGUCAACAUUGUGUUGUUGGAUGUCAAUGAUUGCGCACCUGUGUUUGAGCUCUCUCCUUACACUGUCAAUGUUCGGGAGAACUUGGAGAACCUACCAAAAAACAUUCUGCAGGUUGUUGCCAGAGACGAUGACCAAAGUGCCAAUGGCCAGCUAAGCUACAUGCUCAGUGGUGGGAAUGAUGAGGGUGCGUUCAGCCUGUCAUCCAGUGGUCAGCUGAGCCUGACCCGGACUCUGGACCGCGAGGCUCGGGAAAAAUACAUCCUGCUGAUUACAGCCACCGACUCAGGUUCUCCGUCUCUGAGCGGAACAGGAAUGGUAACAGUUCUGGUGGACGAUGUGAACGAUAACGUCCCUGUUUUCACCUCCUCCACCUUCCACACCACCAUCACGGAGGACGCCCCGACAGGGACAGAUGUGCUAUUGGUCAACAGCUCUGAUGCAGAUGUUGGUGGCAAUGGUGUUAUAAGCUAUAGCCUGACUGGAGGACACGGUCAGUUCUCCAUCAACCCAGCUACAGGACAGAUUAUCACCAGCUCCCUGCUGGAUCGAGAAGACAGGGCCAAUUACCAGCUGCUGGUUGUGGCAACAGAUGGGGGGCAGCCCCAGGGCUUGUCCAGCUCCGCCACCGUGUCCGUGACGGUGGCUGACAUCAAUGAUAACCCUCCUCGCUUCCACCACCACCCCUAUGUCACCCAUAUACCCGCCUCUACUGCAGCAGGAUCCCUGGUCUUUGCUGUUACUGUCACUGACGAGGACUCAGGUUCCAACGCCCAGCUACACUACUCCCUUAUAGGGCGCAACUCUGACAAGUUCAAGAUUGACCCCAUCAGAGGAGCCAUCACUGCCAAUGAGAAGCUUACUGGAAGCUCAGAAGUUACCCUUACUGUUCGAGUAAAAGACGGUGGAGCUAACCCCAAAACAGAUACGACCACAGUGACUGUCCGCUUUGUUACUGGAGGAAACUUUCCUGUCAUCAAACUGAAGGAGCAUGCAUUCACAUUCCCCGAGAGCCAGUCGACCAACCACGUUGUUACAACGGUGACUGGAUCUUCUAUGAGGGGUGGACCGUUGUCAUAUUACAUUGCCAGCGGCAACCUGGAUAACGCCUUUCAUAUUGAUCAGCAAUCAGGCGAGUUGUCAAUCAGACAUCCACUAGAUUAUGAACACAUUCAGAAGUAUGUUCUCUGGAUUGAGGCCAGAGAUCAGGGCUUCCCACCUUAUUCCUCUUAUGAGAAAGUAGAAAUAACUGUGCUGGAUGUGAAUGACAAUCACCCAGUGUUUGAUAAGGAUCCAUUCCAUGCUGAGAUACUAGAGAACAUUUCACCUCAGCGGGUGCUCAUGGUCUCUGCUGUUGAUCUGGACAGUGGGCCAAAUGGACAGCUUGAAUAUGCCAUCAUUGAUGGCAACAAGGAGAACAGCUUCAGUAUUAACAGAGCAACUGGUGAAAUACGAACCACCAAGCCACUGGACCGGGAGAAGGUGGCUCAGUACACUUUGAAAGUCAAAGCCACUGACCGUGGGUUGCCACCCAAAAACACAGUAGUCAAAGUUCUAAUCAACGUACUGGAUGUGAAUGACAAUGCUCCUAGGUUUUCUAAGAUCUUUAGUGCUACAGUGGCUGAAAAUGCCCCAGUGGGUUACACUGUCACCAGAGUCACCACCACAGACGAGGAUGUUGGUUCAAAUGCCAUUAGCCGAUAUUCAAUUACAGAUACCAGCCUUCCAUUUAGUAUUAAUCCAAACACAGGAGACAUUACAAUAAGUAGGCCACUCAAUAGAGAAGACACAGAUCAAUACAUUGUCAAAGUGUCUGCCCAUGACUCUGGCUGGACCGUAAGCACAGAUGUCACCAUAUUUAUAACGGAUAUUAACGAUAAUGCCCCCAGAUUUAGUCGUCCCUCUUACUAUCUGGACUACCCUGAGCUCACUGAGGUGGGCUCCCUGGUCACACAGGUAUCUGCCACAGAUCCCGACGAGGAUGUCAAUGGCAAAAUUUUCUAUUUCAUUCGGUCCCAGUCAGAGUACUUCAGAAUUAACGCCAGCUCUGGAGAGAUAUUUGUAAAGCAGCAGUUGAAAUAUCAGAACUCAACAGGUGCUAGUAGCAUAAAUAUAAAUCGCCACAGCUUCAUUGUCACAGCCUCAGACAGGGCAGUCAAGCCUUUGAUGAGUGAGACGACAGUAAUUGUAAACAUCGUAGACAGCAAUGAUAACCCCCCUGAGUUUGAUUUGCCUAGCUACUUUACUCCUGUCACUAAAAGUGUCAAGGUUGGUACCAGAUUGAUUAGGGUUGUAGCUCAUGACAAAAAAGACUUUGGCCUUAAUUCUGAGGUCGAGUACUUAAUAACAGGUGGAAACAGCUCUGGUAAAUUCAAACUAGAUAAAACAAGUGGAUGGAUCACUGUUGCCUCCUCCCUUACAUCUGAUAUGAAUAAAAUGUUUCUCAUUGACAUCACAGCAAGUGACAGGGGAAAUCCUCCUUUGUCUGCACGAAUAUCCGUGCGAAUCGCAGUCACAGAGGAAAACCAUCACACGCCUGAGUUCUCACAAAGCCAAAUCUCAGCUACUGUACCUGAAAGCCUUGCUGUGGGAACAGCAAUAAGGACCCUGUCUGCCAGAGACAAAGAUAAAGAAAUGAAUGGCCUUAUCACAUACAAUAUUACUUCAGGCAAUGACAAGGGUCUGUUUUCACUUAAUAGUAAAAGUGGAGUGUUAUCCCUAGCGCACCCUCUGGAUUUUGAAGAGGAGCAACAACAUGAGCUUAGAGUUUCAGCUACUGAUGGUGGUUGGAUUGCAAAAACAAGCUAUGUCUCCGUCACAAUACAUGUGACUGAUGUGAAUGACAAUCCUCCUAUGUUUGAUCCUGACGAGUACUUCCCCAUUGUACAGGAGAAUGUUCCUAGUGGCACCACUGUGGUCAAAAUGAAUGCCAUAGACCGUGAUUCGGGAGCUAACGCGGUCAUGGCUUACGUGAUACAGUCAUCAGACAGUGACCUCUUUGUUAUUGACCCCAACACGGGCACUAUCACCACCCAGGGCUUCUUGGAUUACGAGGCUAAACAGGUCUACCAUUUAACAGUAAAGGCCUUUAAUGUCCCAGACGAGGAGCGCUGCAGCUUCGCCAAUGUCAACAUUCAGCUAAAGGGAGCCAAUGAAUACGUACCCCGCUUUGUCUCCAAACAGUACUACUUUGAAAUCUCUGAAGCUGCUCCAAAAGGCACAGUGGUCGGGGAAGUGUUCGCCAGUGAUCGAGACCAAGGAGAUGAUGGAGUGGUUUACUACCUCAUUUUUGGGAAGAGCAGAAAGAAGGGCUUUGGCAUCAACAAGAAAACAGGCCAGAUUUAUGUCACAGGUACUCUAGACCGUGAGAAAGAGGAAAAGAUUUCACUGAAGGUGUUGGCAAAGAAUGCUGGAAGCAUCCGCGGGGCAGAUAUUGACGAGGUGUUUGUGAACAUCACAGUUCUUGAUGCCAAUGACCCUCCUGUUUUUACCCAAGAACUGUAUGAUGUGCAGGUUAGUGAAGGUCUCUCACCUGGUGGUCUUGUUACCUUUGUGAAUGCUGAGGACUCAGACUCUGUACCAAGUUGGAGCAGAUUUUCAUACUCCAUUGCUCCAGAGUUUGAUAAAAAUGUUUUCACUAUCAACCCAAAAACUGGCCAAGUGUCUGUGGCUGCAGAGCUAGACAGAGAAACAACUCCUGUGUAUAAUCUAAUAGUUCUUGCUGUGGAUACUGGUACACCUCCUGCAACCGGAAGCACCACCGUGAUUGUGAAUCUGGAAGAUAUCAAUGAUAAUGGUCCAACUUUGACAACUGCCUAUGCUGAGGUGAUGGAGAAUCAGAGAGCUGGCACUGCAGUUACCACACUAGCAGCAUCUGACCCAGAUCUACCACCCAACCAAGGCCCUUUCUUAUUCAGCCUUCUCAGUUCUGGAUCUGCCAACAGCUACUUCAGCCUUAGUCCAGCUGGAGUGUUAACCACCAGUCGGGAGAUAGACAGAGAACAGUUUAGUGACUUCUACCUUUCCGUUGUGAUCAAGGACUCUGGUGUGCCUCAAAUGUCCUCCACAGGAACAAUUCGCAUCAAAAUAAAUGAUCAGAAUGACAAUCCUUCCGAGCCAAGGUCCAUGGAAAUCUUUGUCCACUACUUUGGGAACAUGUUUCCUGGAGGUUCUUUGGGAGAUGUCAAACCCCAAGACCCUGACAUUCAGGAUAGGUUCCACUGCUCUCUUAUUCCGCCAUCCUCCGGUCUGUUUAGUAUCCCAACUGGUACAUGCAACCUCAACUCUAAAGCUCGCUCAACGGAUGGAACUUUUGAACUAACCAUCCGUAGCAGUGAUGGUGUUCAUGGUUCAGUCAGCAAUACAGCCCGAGUCCUCUUCAUGGGCUUCACGAAUGCCACAGUGGACAACAGCAUACUCAUCCGACUCCAAUCUCAAGGAGUCAAAAGCUUCCUUACCAACCACUACCUCAGCUUCCUACGCAUUGCCAACUCUCAGCUAGCAGGACUAGGCACAGGAGUGCUGCUUUAUGGAGCAUUUGAACUCAACAAUCAGACUUUCCUAAUGGCAGCUGUGAAACGGGGCCACGGACAAUAUGUCAACCCCAGCGGCGUGGCCACAUUCUUCCAGAGUAUCAAAGACAUUUUAUAUAGACAGAGUGGGGUGCAAAUAGAUGCGGUGGACCAUGAUCCUUGCACACGCAACCCAUGCCAGAAUGGAGGCAGCUGCAAGAGGCGUCUCAGUGUCGGGCCUGAUAUGAAGACAGAAGAAAGUGUCCCAGUGAUCCUUGUUUCCAACCACCCCCUGCAGCCCUACGCCUGCAGCUGCAGGCCAGGAUACACAGGAGCUCUGUGUGAGACAGACAUCGACGAGUGCCAGCCAUCGCCCUGCCACAAUGGUGGCACCUGCCACAAUCUGGUGGGGGGUUUCUCCUGCACCUGUCCUGAAGGUUUCACCGGGAUGGCCUGUGAGAGGGAUAUCAACGAAUGCCUUUCCAAUCCCUGCAAGAAUGGGGCACUGUGCCAGAACUUCCCCGGCGGCUUUAACUGCCUCUGCAAAUCCGGCUUUGCAGGCAAAACGUGUGAUUCCAUCAUCAAUCACUGUGAGUGUAACCCUUGUUUUAAUGGCGGGUCCUGUCAGAAUCGGGUGGAUGGAUAUUACUGUCAUUGUCCAUUUGGGGUUUUCGGCAAACACUGUGAACUGAACAGCUAUGGCUUUGAGGAGCUCUCCUACAUGGAGUUUCCGUCGCUGGAUCCCAACAAUAACUACAUAUAUAUCAAGUUUGCUACUCUGAAGAGCAACUCGCUGCUUAUGUACAACCAUGAUAACCAAACCGGAGACAAGGCAGAGUUUCUGGCUCUGGAGAUCUUCGAGGGACGGAUGCGCUUCUCCUUCAACUUGGGAAGUGGAACUUAUAAACUAAUGACCAUGAUAAAAGUUUCGGAUGGGCAGUUCCACACAGUCAUUGCAAGGAGAGCUGGGAUGGCUGCAUCUCUGACUGUGGACCUGUGUGGUGAUGACCAGGAACCAGGCUACUGUGCUGUGAGCAAUGUGGCAGUACACACUGACUGGAUCCUGGAUGUGCAGCCCAACAGGCUUUUGGUGGGAGGCGUCAGGUCAAUAGAACCCGUCCUUCAUCGGCGCGGUCAGGUCGCCACCCACGACUUUGUCGGCUGCAUCAUGGAGUUUGCAGUCAACGGCCGCCCGCUGGAGCCCAGUCAGGCACUGGCAUCGCGUGGCAUCCUUGACAGAUGUCCGAGACUGGAAGGAGCCUGCACCACCAGCCCCUGCAGACAUGGGGGCACCUGUUUGGACCACUGGUCUUGGCAGCAGUGCCAGUGCGUUGAUGGCUUCACUGGCAAAUUCUGUGAGAAAUACAUGACAGCAGACACUGCCCUGUCCCUGGAUGGUACCGGCCGUCUGGACUACUCCCUUAAGCAAGGCCCUAAACGCGACGUCCUUCUUAAACAGUCACUGCAGGGCGUAACCUCUGACCCAGGCAAUCCUAGCAGCUUGGAGGUCAAGUUCAGGACACGCAGCAAAAGCGGCACCCUACUGCAUGUGCAAGAGAGCAGCAACUACACUACUGUUAAGCUGAAGAAUGGCAACAUCCACUACAUCUCAGAUGCGGGCGUUGGGGGGAAGGUGGAGCGCACCGUGGGAGACGUAGUGCUGUCAGACGGCCAGUGGCACACGCUCCAGCUGGUCAAGAACGGCUCAGCCACAGUGCUCCAGGUAGACAGCAACCACGCGAGGGUCAUCCAGCACGCCACCCAGGACUUUGGAGGUCUCAGUGUUUUAACCUUUUCCCUUGGAGGGAUCCCACCUGGACCUGCUCAGCAGAAAACUGCAGCAGGUUUUGACGGCUGCUUGGCCUAUGUGAAGUACAAUGGGGAGAACCUGCCAUUUACGGAAGAACACAGCCUUGUCACCUUAACUAAGACGAGUUCGUCUGUUAAGAUCGGCUGCAGGGGUCCCAACCUGUGUGAGAGCAGCCCAUGCUGGGAUGGUUUGAUGUGCGUCAACCAAUGGUACACGUACCAGUGUGUCCCACCUGGUGACUGUGCCUCUAAUCCCUGCCAGAACCAUGGCAGCUGUGUGCCGGACCCCCGCUCAGGUUUCACCUGUGUCUGUUCCGAGUUCUACACAGGCAAGACUUGUGAGACAUUGGUGGCUUGUCUGGGUGCCCAGUGCCCUGAGGGCACUGUCUGCAAGACAGCCAACAACGGCGGAUUUGUCUGCAGCCCAAGCCCCACAGCAGAAACUAUGGUCCUUCCCAUCUGGGCGGUGCCUGCUAUUGUUGGCAGUUGUGCCACUGUCCUUGCCUUGGUGGUGCUCAGUCUCAUCCUGUGCAACCACUGCAAGGGCCGCAACAAAACCAAAGUGCCAAAAGAACCCAAGGAGAAGAAACCCAAGGAGAAGGAGAAGAAGAAGAAGAAAAAGAAAAAGGGUAGUGAGAAUGUUGCAUUCGAUGACCCAGAUAACAUACCUCCAUAUGGAGAUGACAUGACAGUACGGAAACAACCAGAAGGGAACCCCAAACCAGACAUUAUUGAGAGGGAGAACCCUUAUCUUAUCUAUGAUGAAACAGACAUUCCCCACAACAAUGAGACCGUCCCCAGUGCUCCCUGCGCCCCCUGUAAUGGCCCAGAGGCAGAUAUUGAACACUAUGAUAUAGACAAUGCCAGCAGUAUCGCCCCUUCAGAUGCAGACAUCAUCCAACACUACAAGCAGUUCCGCAGCCACACGCCCAAGUUCUCUAUCCAGAGACACAGCCCGCUGGGCUUCGCCAGACAGUCUCCUUUACCCCUUGGAGCAACAAGCUACACCUACCAGCCUCAGUAUACCCAAGCACUACGGUCCACCCCACUCAGCCACUCCCACUCAGCGUGCCCCACCCCAAACCCUCUCUCCAGGCACUCCCCAGCUCCAUUCACCAAGCCCUCCUCCUUUUACAGAAACACUCCAACCAGAGAACUGAACCUGGCUCGCCGUGAGGGCAGCCCACUGGACCUGCACAAUGACAUGUGCCAGCCACCACCCAUGUUUAACUAUGCCACCCGGCUGGGGAGGCGGAGCAAGAGUCCGCAGACCAUGGCCAGCCACGGCCACACCUCCAGACCUGGCAGUCGGCUCAAGCAGCCGAUCGAGCAGAUCCCCCUGGAGACGGGGCCUCCUGUGGGACUAUCCAUCGAGGAAGUGGAGCGGCUGAACACUCCACGCCCACGCAACCCCAGCAUCUGCAGCGCAGACCACGGGCGCUCCAGCUCUGAGGAGGACUGCCGCAGGCCGCUUUCAAGGGUCCGCAACCCCGCUGAUGGCAUCCCUGCCCCAGAGUCCUCUUCAGAAAGUGACUCACAUGACUCCUUCACCUGCUCAGAGAUGGAGUAUGAACGGGACAAGCCAGUGUCUUAUAGUUCCCGAGUUCCCAAGCUCUCGCAAGUCAACGAGUCAGACGCUGAUGAUGAGGACUAUGGUGGGAGGCUCAAACAGAGGCGGUACUCGAGCCGGAGGGCAGAAGGUGGGCCUGGCGUUGCUCAGAUGCCCCCUACUGACCAGCACUACACCCUGCCCCACAGACUGGGCCAGCAAGCUGGGGGCUUCAACUGGGACAAUCUGUUGAACUGGGGCCCUGGCUUUGGACAUUAUGUAGACGUGUUCAAGGACUUAGCCUUGCUUCCCGAGAACGCAGCAGCAAAAGACAUUGAAAUGAACAGUGGGGAUGGCUCUGUGACCAUUCUAAACGAAGGAGAAGCUGAGCAAUAUGUAUGAGACUAUUUAUUACAAUGUUGUAGAAUAUGGUGAUGUUCUCCAUUUUGAAAAGAAAAAAAAGACAAAGGAAGACUGUAUAUUUCAAGAGAACAUUGGACUACAUGUUUUUUGCAUUAUUCAAAAUUAUAAGACGACUUUCAAUGCAGUAAGGCAGAGCAAUGGCACCUGUGACAUGACAGAUUUGGUCAGUAGCCACCUUGGAAUAGUUUACCAGUCUUUUCCAGGUCCAAAUUCAACUGUACAAUCAUGCAUUCAUCUCUCUGAGGACUCAUUACAAUGUAUCCAUUGACACUGAAUGGUUCAAAAAAAGAGAAAAUUGAAAUCCAUGUCUGAAUUCCAUUUAGUAACUGCAAAGCUCCAUUCAUGUUAUCUUGAUCAAACAUUUCUGUUUUUUAUUACCAAUAUUGCCUCUCCUUUCCAAAAACUUCUACUUCUUCACAGUUGAGAGAUAAGAGGGUAGAUAAUAUUAACACUCACAGGAAGAGAAUUCCAACGGGCCUUUGAGUAAAAGAAAACUCCCAGUCAAUUUUUAAUUUACUUAAAAGGAAGCAUGUGUAUUUGAUCUGACUGCACCUGUAGGUGACAGGACACAGACCUCUGUGUGAAAGUAAGUACACCGUUUUCCUCGCACGGUAUGGCAGACCCCACCAAUGUUAUUAUCCCUUUUCUCUCUGUCUGUCUUUGCCCUGGUGUGUUUUCUCACAGAAGACUGGCUAAACGCUCCAAGAGUGAGGAUUAAACAAGUCCCCUGCCUUACAGACAUUUGAGGAUUUCAGUACAGGGGAGGACUUUUCCUCUUCUGUUUUUCUGGUCUAAGUUCAGUAGAAGAGGAGGUUUUGCGGGGAUAGUGAUGUUUGUCAAAAUUGCUUUAGCAUUUUCUGACCAACCAAGUGUUUUUCAGGCGAUGAUGAUGAUGUGUGGAUCCUAUAAACAUGACCCCAACUAAAACACUAUGAACUUGUGUAAAUUUUUUUAAUUCAUGUGAAAUCAUGGAGUCAUUUGUUGUUGGUGUCCUUGUCCAUUAUUUUGACAUGUAUGGUUUCUACAUUUUUGUACUGUUUAUUAACUUAAAUUACUUAAGCUGUGUUUUUAUGGAUAUUUUCAUAUGCUGAAAUGUAUGUUCUUACUUUCGGGGAAAGUAAGAUUGAAGACUUAUUUUUUACAUUUGUUACAUAUGUAACAUCAGUAUUUUCCACUUUUGAUAAAACUAUAACAUGCUGUAUGCUUUGUACCUGUAAAAAGCCAAUAACAGAAUAAAAACAGUAUUUAUUUAAAA